AUGCAAAUAAUUGAAUUGCCUUUUGGGGAGAAAGGCUGUGGACACCCCAUUCCACCCCUACACACAACACACUUGAGUCUCUCUUUUCUGGGAUUUUGGUUUGGUGGUGGUGGGUUGUUGUUUUUUGUAUUAUUUUGGUUUGCUUGUGGGUUUGUUUUGGCAACCCCUCUUCUUUUCUUUUUAAUCGUGUUUGCACCAUGUUAUCUGUCCUUUCUAGAACCUUGCAAAUGCCACAAGCGUAGUCUCAGGGAUCAGGACGGCUUUGGAUGGUGCCCACUGAACCGCAUUGAUCACUCAUGCUGCUUUUUGUGUCUGGGAGAUGUUUCCUAUGUUACUCUGAAAAGACAAAAGUCCUACCAUUUUAGUAUCCAGACAAAAACACAUCAAGCCAUGGCAAAAGGAGAUGAAGGAAAGCAGGGCAAAUAUCUGGAAAGUAUAGGGGACAGAUUCAGCACCUGCAUGUUUGCAUUUGCAGAAAGAGACUUGCAUGUUUUGAAGUUCAUUGUUUAUAAAAACACACCCUCAAAUUAUACUUUCCACGUUGCAUGUUUUCAUGGGACUGUGCAGAAACGGCUGUUGUGA